GGGGGUGAACAAGUCCUUACUGGAGAGAUACCAGCCAGGCUGCUCAGCUGCAGAGGGACACGGGCGCAGGCAGGGUCCUGAGGGGGGUUUGUGUUUAAAUAUUUAUGUAUAAAUACAUAUGAUACGUGUGGAUAAAGGAGCAAAAUUUGUUUCCUUUCGAUUUAACUACAUCCCUUCAGCGGGUAUCCCCCCAUUUAUCAGAAAUGCCAACAAAAUGGAUUUUCGUAGAACAAAUCAUUUAUCGGAUCAAAGUUGCACGAAGGUUGCAGCGAAAGCAAUCAUUUGGUAACAACAAAGAAUCAGCUUCCCAAAUGAGAAAUCUCCCUCUUGUGUCGUAAACCAGGCAUUUCUGCGUUACCUUUGGAGGAGCGAUGGCUCUUAAACCUCACAUAAUGUAACAUGAGCCUCUCUGAAGUGCUGAGAAAGCCAAUUGAGAUGUAGCCAGAGUGCCAAGGAAUUAAAGGAGAACACUCAGCAAAUGAAGUUGCAAAUUGCUUGGUUGGAAAAAGGGUUUUCCAAACAUCCUUUGAACUGGAGCUGCUUCUCAGCUGCUCUAACACCCUCGCUCCAGCACUUUGCACACUUUGUUGGAAGGGAGAACGCUGGAGGGACGUCAGCAGUGACAGCCCAGCUUCACAGCAGGGGAACCUUGGCCAAGAGUCACUUUCCUACUGAGCUGAGCGUCUUUUCUUACAAGGUCAUAACGGAAGCUGGGAGCAGCACCAAGAUCUCCCGCUUGGGUUUUGCAAUGACAUUCGUACUAACGAUGGGUGCCUGCAGCUCCAGCUCCUAUGGCCCAGGCAAGGGCUGGGCAUCGGCCAGCCCAGGAAGGGCCAACUCUGCACAGGGACAACUCUCUGUGGCCAGAUUUCCUCAGGGACAACUCUCCACAGGGAUAACUUUUGUAAGGACAACUCUCCUUAGGGAACCAGUGGAGAUAGGGCCAGACUUAGGGUUAGAGUUGUCUCUGCAGAGAGUUGUCCUAGACCCUUGGCAGCCUAACUCCCGCACAGCAUGCUCCAUGCUUAGAAUGAUAGAAUGAUUUGGGUUGGAAGGUCCAUCAGGACCUCCAAGGAAGGACCAUCAGCUUCAUUAAGGUUGUUGGGUGGAGAUCUUUGCAGCUCGAAGACAACAGGGAAAAACAUAAAACACUGAGGAACAAACCUGAUAGCUAAUGGUGACAAUAGCAAGGAGGAAAACUCAUCAGCCGCUAACUGAUGGGUCAUUAAGAAACCCCAAGCUCAGCCUCUCUGAUAAGAGAGGGGAAUUGACAGUUGACAGAUGUUGGAUGAGGCUUUUUGGUGAUCCUGGCCUGACUCCGGGUGGCUGGUCCAUGCUAUCAGGGAUGCCAGACUGGCAGCUCUUGGGCUGGGAGCUCCUCCGUGAUGAGGGGCUGAGCAGCCACCAGACAGAACCACGGCCCCAGAGGAUGGAUCCAGCGCUCCCACAGCCCAUCAUUCCUCCCCGGGUGAGCCGAUGUUGGUCAAAGGACUUUUUAGUGCUGAGGAUAAUCUUGUGGACCACAGUGUUCCUAAGGGAGGGUAUUUACUCAAGGGAUAGUGCUGAAAGGGCUUUCCCUUUUUUGCAUCCUUCCUUUGGCAGACUGAGCCUUUGUUUGCUUACAUAUCAUAUAUUUUUAUGAAAUGCUUCAUUCCCGUUUCCCUCAGGCAUAAUUGGAUUUUUCUCAAUAAGCAACAGAAUAAAAAAAAGGGGGUUUAUAGCAUCUCUUCAGCAUUACUUGUUUAAAAGCAAACAAUACCCCAACGCUUAAAACCAAGGGUGCAUUUUUAAAGCAAGGCAAGGCAGUAAUUUCUACUUUAAAAGCCCAACAAGUUUUAUGGAGCUAUUUUACACGGCUCCAAGAGUUUCAAGACAGAAGAAAAAAAUUACACUGUCGAAAGCAGACCGUAUUUUUAUAGCAGCAAAAUUUCUAGAAUGAGACUAUAGUGUCGCACGCUAUGAGCAGAUACAGACAGCCCAGAACCACCUGCAUGUCCUUGUGCUUAUCCUGGUGUAAGGGCAGGUACUGCGGUGAUGCCACCCUCACCUUGGCACUUGGCUGCUGUUCCCUUACAUCAGAAAUCUACCCUGCAUGCCCUCUCGGGCAGGUACCUUGUUUUUCUGCCCAGAUUUGACUCACCUGGCAAUCAGCUGCAUGCUGAAAAUAAUACACAAAAAAAGGAGGUGGCCAAACCACCUGUGGUCAUGGGCUCCACCUCUGCAGCUGGGUUAUUCCCCCCAAAUCCAGACCAUCAGGCAGCCAGAUAUAUUUUUCUGUAUGGUCAGAGGGUCUCUGCUAAGAAGUGUUUUUUCUCCCACCUGCGUUUCAGGGCUGCAGUUGUUUAGUUUCUCCCCCUGAGACUACUGAGGAUGUUUCAGACUCUCUUCAGCUGCGCUGGGGUCAUGAAUGUCCUCACCCAGCCCCAGAACAGAGCCGCUUUUGGUGCCAGAUGUUCCCUGAUGUAACUCAUGCAUCUGUGACCUUUACACGCUCGAUUCAUCACCGCUCAGUCAGCAGCCUCAUGCAAAGCUCGUUCCACACAAAGCUCUCUUUUCUCCUGCGUUUCCAAGAGUGGGAUUGGGCAGUGACAGAAAUGUUUGCAGCAGUGUCAGGAAAGAAAUGCCAAGCUAGAGAUGUUAUCGUACAGGCCAUCUAUGCCAACCUGGAAAAAUAAACUCUUCCUUGCUAUUUUCAGAUGCAAACAUAAAUAGCGUUUUAGUUCUGUGCUGUGGUACUUGGGAAAGUAAUAAAGGCAACCGUUCCAGCCCUCGGCAGCGAGCGCUGCGGACACGCGGGGGAGCUGCGGCCACACCAAGGAGGGAGCGCUUCCCAAACCCACUCGUGUUCCAGCCGUGGGGAUUCCUGGCCGGCCGCUGAGCUCAGCUCCAGUGGGCUCAGGGGCUGAAACUCCCACUGCGGUCCUGAGUCGCGCCUGCAAGCAUUCACCUCCAGUUUUAAAAACCUUGGAAGCAUUUGAUUUCAAAAUGCUGCUGACUUCUUAAAGCCAAGGCAGAAGUGGAGGUGGUUGGGAAAGCCUCCAUCAGAGCGUGACCAUUGCCGUGUUGUGGGAGUGGGAAUUCCUGGCCCUGACCCCUCCAAUGGCUCUGAGUCUCUACUUUACAUUUUCUCUAAAGCCCUUUUUUGCAGGGAGAUGAGGUGCUGUGCCAGCUUCCAGCUGAGAUCUCCCUGGCAGGCUCUGUGUCCUGCACUCGCAGGAUGUGUGGAUUCAGAAAUUCUUUCGAUUCAGAAAUUGCUGCUUCGGAAGCUGCUGGUUUCGUAGCCCAUCACAGCACUGGAGAUGGGCUGUAGCAGCCUCCAAACCCAGCGCUCCCGGCAGAAGAAAAGGCCACGAAAACCCGUUUUCAGCUCGUCAGGACUGAGUGCGUUAGCCAUGCCGAGAACAUCACGUAGGAAGGGCAGAGACAAAACAAUAUGCCAUGUUCCCCACAGAAGGGUUAGUUCUCGUUUCAGCUGCGACGCUGGCUUAGCAGACUGCUGGGUAAGCAGCCCCGCCAGUGAAAAACCUGCUGCCCUCAACAGCAUCAGCUGCUCAGCAUCUGCCCCGCUCCAGCUUUGGCACCCACGGGCGACACUGCCUCCAGCAACAGCCUCCACCGUGGUCUGGGCUUGUUCCUAGAGAUAAACCUAAACACACUGAGCUUUCCAUGGCACCUGCCUGCAGUGCCAGUGUUUGCCAUCGCAGCAUCGCCCAGCCCUUGUGAAAGAUGAAAGUUGUGGCAAACACGUAACGUGCCCACACUGCUGGCCUGCCCGGGUUUUCAGGAUGAAUCUGGAAAAACUCAGCAAACCAGAACUCCUGACGCUGUUCAGCGUUCUAGAGGGAGAAUUAGAAGCGAGAGAUCUCGUCAUCGAAGCCUUGAAGGCCCAGCACAGAGACACAUUCCUCGAAGAACGCUAUGGGAAGUACAACAUCAGUGAUCCCUUAAUGGCUUUGCAGCGAGAUUUUGAAGCCCUGAAAGAGGGAAAUCAUGGUGAAAAGCAACCAGUAUGCUCCAAUCCCUUAUCUAUUCUGAAAAUGGUGAUGAAACAUUGCAAGAAUAUGCAGGAAAGGAUGUUAUCCCAACUGGCUGCUGCGGAAAGCAGGCACAGAAAGGUGAUCCUGGACCUGGAGGAGGAGAGGCAGCGGCACGCCCAGGACACGGCGGAGGGCGAUGAUGUCACCUACAUGCUGGAGAAGGAGCGGGAGCGGCUCACCCAGCAGUUGGAGUUCGAAAAAUCGCAAGUGAAGAAGUUUGAGAAAGAACAGAAGAAGCUAUCCAGCCAGCUGGAGGAGGAAAGGGCGCGAUACAAGCAACUCUCCUCCAUGCUUGUAGUGGAGUGCAAGAAAGCCACCGCCAAAGCAGCUGAAGAGGGACAGAAGACGGCAGAACUGAGCUUGAAACUGGAAAAAGAGAAGAGUAAGGUGAGUAAACUGGAAGAGGAGCUGGCAGCCAAGAGGAAGCGGGGUUUACAGAUGGAAGCACAAGUAGAAAAGCAGCUCUCAGAGUUUGACAUUGAAAGAGAACAGCUGAAAGCCAAGCUGAACAGAGAAGAAAACCGUACAAAAGCACUGAAAGAAGAGGUGGAAGGUCUAAGGAAAGCCCUGAAAGAGCUGGAGGCUUCUUGCCAGGAGCACAAUCCUGCUGAGCCUUCACAGCCAAGCCCCGUGGUGGUGUCCAGAGCUAUUGUAACCGACAGUCCCACGGUGAAGUGUGUGUCUUGCCAGACCGAGUGUCUGCAGGCAGACCGGGCGAAUCCUGCCAGCGCAAGCAAAGCUGUGCCUAACGUGCAUUCCAGCCCUACAACACCUACUCAUUCCUAUGCCAAAUCCAAUGGUCACUGCGAUACCGACGUGCAGAUGGGUGGUGAGCUCCUGCAGACCAGCGCAGCAGAGACCCAGGCUCACAAGGAGAAAUCUGCCAGUGCAGCCCCGGAAAACGCAGUUGAGAAUGGAAGUUCUCCUGUAAGAACAGAGUCACCAGUACAUCUAAUGUCCCAGCUCCCUUCAAGCGGGGUCUCGCUGUCCCCCAGCGGCACGGCUGCCUCCUCCCUAACGCCUUCUCCCUGCUCCUCGCCAGUGCUGACCAAACGCUUAGUUGGAGCUUCGGCGAGCAGCCCUGGUUACCAGUCAUCCUACCAGGUGGGGAUCAAUCAGCGUUUCCAUGCCGCCCGGCACAAGUUCCAGUCUCAAGCUGAACAGGAGCAUCAGUCGAGUGGGCUGCAGAGCCCACCCUCGCGGGAUUUGUCUCCUACCCUAGCAGACAACUCUGCCGCCAAGCAGCUGGCCCGCAAUACGGUCACUCAGGUCCUUUCCAGAUUUACCAGCCAGCAGGGACCCAUUAAACCUGUCUCCCCUAACAGCUCACCUUUUGGCACAGACUAUCGAAAUCUGGCAAAUGCCAUCAGCCCCAAAAGCGAGUCUGGCCACUCUCCAAGCUCUGGCAAGGUCUCCAGCCCACUGAGCCCGUUGUCUCCUGGCAUUAAGUCACCAACCAUUCCUAGAGCAGAAAGAGGGAACCCUCCACCCAUUCCUCCAAAGAAACCCGGCCUCGCGCAGUCUCCCGCUGCUCCUGCUCCGCUAACCAAACCCUCUUCCCAGGCAUCCUCGCUGGGUGCUCCCCUGGACGUGGCGAGUAGCUGCUCCAACACCACCGUGGUGUCGAACGGCAAAGACCUGGAGAUCCUCCUGCCGACAAGCAGCUAAUCUCCAGACAAUGGGACAUUCCACGGCUUAGCAUCUGCAGCUAAGACAGCUAAGACACUGUUUUUCCACUCCAUGUUAUUUAUUUCCAUAGUAGCAGAUUCUGUCUGUAUAAAGCAGUUAGUAUAUUUUUUUCCUUUUUUAAUAGGUAGGAAGAUAUUUUUGUUUAUGAAGAACCCUUAACUACAGCUCUCAGUAGCCUCGAAUGUCUCAUUGUAACGGUCAGAUCAUUAGAUGUAACAAGACCCAUAAUGGUGUGGUGGGACCUGACUAUGGAACUCUUAAUGGGACUGAAACGCUACUUUUAAAUUAUGCAGAAAUAUCUUUUGCAGACUUUUUACUCCAGAUGAACCUUUUCUAUAAAGUGCCUGAACUAAGCCUGCGGUAUGAAUGUGAUUCCCUGGAAAAGGAGAGGAGGGGAACCGUCUGGCUGCAGAAACAGAGUCUUCUGUGAGUCCUGAAUGUCAAAACCAACACUGGUUUUCUUUUUAAUUCUUCUCCAUUUGCUAAAAUAAGUUAGCGAAUGCGCUAGGAAUUCUGGAAGGUGGCCACCAGCCCAACACAGCCAGCCACGCUCUGUCCGGUGGGACACAGCUCCCAGCAAUUUGAGGAACCACAUGAUGGUUUC